AAACACAGCAGAACGGACGAGAAAUGAGCGGCGCGAGGCCAAGCGAGAAUGUAGAGAUAAAAAGGGAAGUCCACAGACAGCCAUCUGUUACGUGAAACCGCAACAACUCUUUUUUGUUUGUCCUUCGCGUUAUAUUUACUUCGUUUUCCGCUUCAAACCGAACCCCACCGGUAUCGCCGGAGCCGCCGUCACGCCGCCCCUCGACGCAACGGGACAACACAAUAGUUCCUCACGCACGACGGGAACGAUUUUUCAUUCAAGAUGGCCGUGGCCUUUUGUCGCUAAAGGAAGCAUGGCGCGACGGAUUCAAAGCAGCAGCGUCCGGCCGAGCCGACAGCGCGUCGAGCCGCUCGAGCUCGUCUCUAGAUGCCCCCACGUUCGUUUCCCACUGGGACCCGCCGAGCGGCCUUCGCCCCAGCGCCGGUGGUGAGCCGUUGGUGCCCGUGUUUCUGUCACGAGAUCGUCUUGACAAUGAAGGCCCGCCCUUGAAACACCGUCUUCCGCUGACCAGAGGACGGCAGGGGCGACCUUCCUCGACGGCAGCGAAACUCCGGUACUGUGUCGCCAAGUUUGCGCCGCUCUGUGCCGCCAAAGUGACGAGUGGUCGUUGCGCGAUCACUUCGCGUUUCCGACCCGCCGCAGGAUCAACACGAACCACAACAACAACAACAACAUUCACGCGGUGCGUUGUCGGGACGGUGUGAACCUCGGCGGGCCCGCUAGACCACAGGUCAUGUCUGCGACGGCGUCACCUCUGUCGUCUUUCCGCGUGCGCGUCAAGCAGGAGCCCGGGAGUGCGGCGAUCUGCUACGUGUGCAGCGCUCCGGGGGCCGACUACCCGGUCCAGUCCCGGGCAAGGGACCGCGGACCGUACUUCCCGUUCCUGGAGACGCACGUGCCGCCGGUGGGCGCCGAUAGACCCACCUCCGAGGGUGCCGUGCUCGCCUGUUCGGUGUGUUACUCGUUCCUCACGCAACAGUGGGAGGCCCACGAGCAGAAUCGGACGCCGCGCAACAAGCGCAUGUACUGGCUCAAGCGGAGCGACAACGGACCUUUCGCCGGCAUGGACACGGGCUCGCAGGCGCGCCAAGAGAGCCCGGAGCAGCCGACGUCGCCUCUUCAACCGACGGCGGCGCUCGACUUGAGUCUGCCGUCGUUGACGACGGCGCAGGCCCCGCCACCGUCUCCGCCACCGUCUACGGCGACGGCUCAGGCGACGCCGUCCACAGGUGAGCUGUGCUUCGUGUGCGGUUCGCGCAGCUCCUCGCUCACCAGCCUGUUCACCAAGCCGAUCGCCAACUGCCCGUUCUUCCCGAGCCUCGCGUCGCAUCUUCCGCCGCCGGGCGCCAGGCCCCCGGAUCCGGUGACCGGUCGUGCCGAGGCGUGCGAACAGUGCCACCGCAGCCUGCUCGAGCAGUGGGACGCGUACCAGCGGCGCGCGGCGCCGCAGGCCGAGCGCAAGUACCAGCUCCGGGCGAGAGCCUUCACCUGCUUCACGUGCGGACUGGAAUUCCCCGUGAGUGUACAGCGCGCUGUGUCGGCGCUGCCGACCCAGGACGGGGCGCCCGGGUUCGCCUUCCUGCGCGGCGUCGCCCCGCCGCCGGGCGCCCAGCCUCUCAGUGCCUCAGGGCAGGUCCUCGUGUGCUCCAUGUGCUUCAAGUCCCUGCAGCGGCAGCUCAGGGUCUUCGAGAUCUCAAACGUGCCCGAAGGCAAGCGACACUUCAAGAUCUUGCACGAGGCGUCCGCCACACAACCCUCUGUGCAGUGUGCCACGCCGUCGUCUGCGACGAUGCCGUCGUCUGCCAUAGUCCCCGGCAUGUCUACCGGUGCUGCGCCGUCUGCUACACCCAACAGUGUCCUCCGCAAGCAGCUGCUGUCCCCGCAGACCAAGUACCUAGGUUGCUAUCUCUGCGAGAAGAUUGGUCCGUUGCAGGCCCUUGUGGCGUGCGAGACCGGUCCCCCAACCGUCCCGGGCGUGCCAUACUUUCCGUUUCUUCGAGAGGUUACGCGCCCGAUUGCGGCACGACCUCCGGACAACCAAGGUCGCGUUCUGCUCUGUGCAGAGUGCAAGGCGGAUCUCCAGCACCAGUGGGAUGCUUUCGAGAGUGCGGGACUUCCUCCGAACCAGCGGCGGUAUCAUGUCCCCGCGCAGACCACGCCCGCACAGGCGGUAAUGCAGACGGCUUCGCUGCAGCAGACAGUGCCGUCCCAGGGUGUCGUCUGCUAUGUUUGUGGGGAGCAGACGACGGAGACUUUUCCGGUGUCGGGUCGUGACGACAGAAGUGGUGGGCCUUUCUUUCCAUUUUUGGAGAGUCACGUGGGUCCUGACGGCCUUUCAGGCACAGCCCAGGCCUGCACUUUCUGUUUUCACUCGCUGAUGGCUCAGUGGCUUGCGUACGAAAGCUCUCCCCACGCCGAGGAUGCUGUCAGGUCGUCACGUCGCUACAACACGCACCACUACGUCUGCUACAUCUGUGGUAUCACGACCUACAGGCGCCGCGUGCGCACCCUGACGGUGUGCGACUUCCCGUUCCUGCGGGAGCACCCCCGGCCGGCGGGUGCCCUCAGUCUCCGGGACGGCGUGGUGUCGUGCCUGACGUGCUCCGAGUCCCUGAGCAGCCAGUGGAAGGACUACGAGCGCAUGCGGGUGCCUGUCGAGAUGCGCAAGUAUAACUGGAUGGUGCUGCCGCCCCCUCCUGAGGAGACCCACGGGUCCGGUGGAUCGUCUCCCUCAAAUACGUCGGAUCAGAGUCUGGCAGCUGACCAAGGGUUCCCGUCCAAUCCGGGGUCGAAGCUCCUGCAGCCGACUGCAUCCAAGCCGAACCAGACGAGCCUGGCGCUGAACGCCACCCGGACGUCCAGUUUUGCCGCUGCGCUCCGCAAGCUCGCCAAACAGGCGGUGGACCCCGGCCUCGACAAGGAAGGCGUGCCCAGCCUGGGCCAGGGGCUGCCGUCGUCCAAGCGAGGUCCGUCUACCUUCGGCCAUGACCUCCACCCCCUCCCCUCUCCGCCCCUCGCCACCUCUGGCCUCGUUCCGGAGACCAGGAAGGCCCUGGACCUGGGUAGCCUGGCGAGCCAGCAGCACCGGCUGGAGGCCGCCAAGAUGGACUCCCCCGCCGCCAUGGACUUCCUGGCCGCCAAGCGACUGGCCGGACCGCCGGUGCCCGACAGCCGGCAGGACUGUCAGAGGGGCUUCCAGCCCUACAGGAGCAACAGUGGCAACAGUGCGGGCAACCCGCCCGACGACCACCGGCACCCCGGCGGCUUGGCGCCCCUGCACCCACUGGCGCCCUUCGAGGCCGGGCCGUACGGCUACCACCCUCCCCCCUUCCUGCCCCCACACCUGGGACACCCUGCCUACAGGCUGGAGGACCCCAUGUGCCAGUACGGCCUGCUGCGCCCUGCGCCCCCGAUGGUGUCGGCACCGGCCAUGCCGCCCUUCUACCGGUACCCGCCAGCCAUGCAGCAGCAGCUGCCCGGCACACUCGAAGGACGCAAGGACGCCAGCCACGGGAUGGGGGCGCCCUCGAGAGCCAACGAAUCGCCGCCCGACAGUCUCGGUCCCCUGGGGCUCUCGGAGUCCCUCGGCAACAGCCCCGCCCCUCUGCUGAGCCCUUUGAACCUGGCCGGCGGCGGAGGUGGUGCAGUCCCCAUGGGGCUGUCUCAGCCUGCCCCGCCCCCUCACCUGAUUGGACCUCCCGUGGGGGAAGGGCUCGUGCUGGGAGGGGCCAACGACCCCUGGAGGCAGUCCCUCGGACCCCUAGACUCCUCCCACAAGUCUUCGAAAGAGGGCUUCCAGGCGCUGCCGGCCUGCUAUACGGCCACCCCUCGACAGCAGCAGCAGCAACAGCAUCAGCAGUCACACCGGGCGUGCAGCAGUCCGGCCUCCCCUUCCGGUGCCCCGACCUCCCUGACCCGGUCCCCUCCGAGGCUAGAUCCCGAGAGAGCACCCACCGUUGUCGCCGCUGCAGUUCUGAGCCGGAUCGACUUGGCAGAGCGCCGGAGGCGUGCGGCCCGCGCCCGGAACUCUGGAGCAGAAAGCGACUCGGACGGUAGCCUGGACGACUCGGACGGAGAGUGCGGGCCCCGGGAGCGGCCCGUCGUCUGGUCCGGACCUCCUCUGCGGCUCGACCUCAGUCCCAGGAAGCUGCAGUUUUUCCGCCAUGUGGGUCUCACGAGCCAUCAGAAGAGGAGAGAGCUGGAGCUGCAGCACUUCCUGCGCCACUGGACGCGCCUGCACGGGAGCGAGGGCGGGCAGGGGCCCCGAGUUGCGUCGCCUUCGUUGCCGCGUCUCGGCGGCGGAGACGGCGGCAAGGCGGGGGCCGAGAGGGUGCCGUCGCCACGGCAACGACCGCCCCGGCAACUGUCGCCACGACGCCUGUGCAAGGAGCCGGACUUCCAGCUCAAGAAGCAGUUCCUGCUGCUGCUCGGACUUUCGACGUGCGGCGCCGGAGGGGAUGAGGAGCGCGAGACCAUCUGGAGGGCCAUCAUGAUGGAGCGCUCUCACCGCAACGGCUCACUCUCCCGGAUGGGCGGCUACUCUCACCGGCCAGGCUACCUGCAGAGCAGGUGCCUGAAGCGCAAGCUCCCCUGCGUGUCCGCCGGCAGUGCACAGCGCCAGAACGGCGUCUGCUCGGACGGCAGUCCCCCUCGCAAGGUGCCCGCGCCCCCGGCCAAAAUGGCGGCCCCCGUGCAGCUUAAAGUGCCUGGCAAGCAGCAGCAGCAGCAGCAGGGCAAAGGCUUUGCCCAGGAGUUUCACGAUUCUGUGCUCUUAGACACACAUUUGCACCAGCAGCUCAAGAAGCGAGGCCCCCGCUGCCAGCGCCCCACCUACUCCAUCUUCCACAAGAGGCCCCCCGUGGCCCCUCCGGAGGAGGCUGACGAGGGCGAGGAGGACGGCCCCCCGAGAACGGGGACCCCAGAGGCAGGCGGUGCAACGUCCGCGGCAGAGGCGGGGUCCCGCGUCAGGCCCCCUUUCCCCUGGCCCGGGGUUCAGGGCGUCGUGGAGGCGUACGCCCACUACCGACAGGAGCGCGAACUGGAGCGUUCCCUGCUCUCGAGCCGACAGCGCCAGCUGCAACAGGAGCAGCACCGAUUGCAGCAGGAAGCACAGGCCCUGAGUGCAUGCAUGGCGGAGCUGUACGAGAACAAGAAGCUGCUGGACGGGGAGCGCCAGACCAAGCAGAUGACCAUUGACAAUCUCAAGAAGUGCCUGCGCCUGGUCCGGAACUGAGGACUGCCCCCUUCCCUUCUCCCGAGGCAUUCCAGGGAGGUCCCUCCCACUGCCACACUCGGAGGGGGGACGGACCGCUCUGAACAAGACAAAGGACCAAAGAUGCACACGAGUCAAUCCAUCGAGUCAUUUCCCCGCGCCCCCUCGAAGGCACACGGAGCCACUGGACACCACGACCACUCACUAGGACUCAACGAUGCCGAACUGGCUUUGAAACGGAUUCGGCUCGCGGCGGCGAGCAGAGCAGCUUGGACCCAAGUGCGGCGAUGACAAUGCAACCAGCGAAUAGGACUGCAUUUCUAGAUCAAUCAGGAAAAAACGAAAAAUCCUCUAGACAUUCUUUUGGUGAUCAUUUUUGCGAUUCGGAAUCGUGCGGAAGACUUGCCGCGUUUCAGAAUUCUGGCUUCGAGGGAGUGGCCUGUAUAUUUCGCUCUUGUGAGGGUCUGCGUUCGUGCUCUCGACGUUGUUCCAUCGUCGAACAGACGGAUCCUCGGUGCAGAUUGCGACAGGAGAUGAGGGGCUCGACCCAGCUGAUCAGCGAUGACGAUACUUCUUUGAAGCGUGAUUCUGUCGGGAUUUCGUGCGAGGCAGCGAUAUUUCAUUCUUUCUGUUCGCUAAAAUAUGAAUGCAGGAAAAUGAAACUGAAGAAGACUUUUUCUUUAGUGCAAGUCGAAACAUAGUGAAAAAUCGAGUUUCCGGGAUAAGAUCAGUUCCAGAAUGCAGAACUCUAGAUUCAACUCACUCUAGUGGUGGUUUGUUGCAUAAAUAUCUUGCAUACAGAAACUUCCAGCUCGGAUCAUUUUACUGAUGUGAACUCAUCUCCACAACUCCGGGAAAGUCCAGUGGCUCCGCCGCGGCCCUCUGGCGCCAGGUUCUGCUUCACGCCCAACAUUGAACGGCAAUGGAGGUAUAGCCACAAACGCUAGCCGUAGUCGUAGCCAUUUUAACACGCUAGGACUUUGCCAACUUUUGGCCGACAGUAUUGCUUUUGCUAGCAGACGAGCCCCGGGCGAGUGGCCCGCCCUGUUGCGGAAGUCUGUCUGCGGCAUACGACGAACAAGCAGACACGUGCAGAGCGCUUGCUACUUUACAUGCACUCUCUCUUUAGCGUGUUGCAAGUUUACAUUUUUUUUAAAGUCAAAUUGAGUAAAAGGCGGUCCGGUUUCGUACAGCGGAUCUCUUUUUCGAAGUGGUAGAAAACCGGCGACUGCUUCCUCAAACAUUCAGUCGAAAGAUUUUGAAUUAAGCUUGCAUCAAAUUUUUGGAUAGCAAACGCAAGAGCCCAGACUCUCCGAGGCGCAUAGUCAUUUACACGCACAUUUACGUGUGAAUGACCAAACAUGUAUUGGCCACAUGUCGGCGACACGAGGAUGCGUGUGCUGCCCACAACAAAAUGCGGCGAUGCGGACGUUGGGCCGCCGUCUUGGAACAAAAAGUGGCGGCGUACGUGUCGGACAGGACGCGAGUGUGGCAGUGGUUGGCGGGGGCGGUCUCGUGGGGCAUUGUUCUGCAUUUGGCUUGCACCAGCACGAAGACGCACCCCCCUCCCCCCCGGUAGGAAGAGCCACUACUACUUCUUCGAACUAUGUACAUGUACUCCAUGCAUCAUUUUAAAGAGUCCUCGUUUUCUUACCUCCUCUUCAUUGAUAAAAGCGUUUUCUAUCGAGCCGUUAUUUAUGAAAUAAAAAAAAAUGAUGAAACCUUGA